GUUUGGGUCGAAAAAAAGCUUACUCGAAGCGUCCAGCUUUUAGCCUGCCCACAACUUAGCCCCUAAACUGAACCAGCAAGACCCCAAGACGAGUACAGCAAAUGUCAAACUACCAAUCCUUCCCACAAUUUCCUCGACUACCUACAGAGAUAAGACGCCUGAUCUGGGUUCAUGCUCUCCCCAGAGGUCGCAUCCAACUCUUUGCCAAGAAUGUACCUUGGGAGAACUGGCGUCUUCUACCGCCUGUAGUUGCCCAUGUUUGCCAAGAGUCACGAGAAGUUGCUGUGAACCACUCAGUUGUGCGUGGCUUCCCGACUGCAGAAGACAUCCACACAACUACUUGGUUUAUAGGGUCUCGUGAUAUACUUGAGCUACACAGCGGCUAUCCUUACCCGUUGUCGAACCCAGAGCCCUUCUUUUCUGCAGCAGAGAGAUUGGUAAUUAACGCUGGAGACUUUGAGGGCGAGAUCAAAGUUAUCAUCAAAGAUCUCAUCGAAGGUCGACGGUUUCAUAGCGUCAAGAUAAUAUAUCUCAUUGUCGAGCAGAUUGAGACCGCGUAUUGGCCCAAGUUUCGACCGGAUAUGACGGAACAAGAUAAGGGCAAGGGGACAGUCCUUGACUUAUGCAGCGAUGAAGACCAGAGGAAAAUAGAUGGCUAUAAGACAUGGGCACGUUUUCAAGAAAUGUCACCAGUCUUUCCUCGACGUCAAGAUGUUGAACUUAUCCUUAGGUCAAGCCUAGAUAAGAUCAUACUAGAAGAAAUAUGUCGGUACCACGAGCAUCUAUUGCAAGUUGGAUACGCCGAGGGAGAAGCUACAGCAUCAUUUCCAACAACUUCUCCUAUCGCCCCAGAUCAUCCUUGGAUUCUCCAACAAUGGAGACGCCUACCGGAGUUCCGCCCGGCAUUGUUAAUCCUAGGAUGGAGGUAAAUCAUGACUGUAUGGAUGGAAUAGAGAAGUGAAUAUAGGGAUGGAUAAUUCCGGCUCGUUUUCUAUUAGCAAUAUAUCCCUCAAAGAAGGGUUUCAUAUGUCAUUUCCAACUAUAAUACUUAGGGUAGAAUAAGUUUGGAUUUUUCUCGAGCAUGUUUUGGAAUGGCCUCCGGGGAUAUACCUGGUAGUCGACAGGGGGUCGUUGUGUUGUGGCUUCAAAUGUGGCUUUCUGCUUAAGCGGACCGAGGUAUGAGGUAUGAGGUACUACAACCACUCUACCACUUUAAGUCCGUGCAAUAUAUUUAGCGACAUUUUACCGGUGCCGAGGUGCCAUCUGUUCACCUCAAGUCACCUUGCCCCGAAGCCACCUAGGGUAGUAACUUAAUAACAUACAACGUGUCUAGUAAGAAGUAAGAAGGGCUAUAUUGAUUUAUUAUCGCAAUGGCGUCGACACAGCGAUUCUCAGGAUACCCGCUUGCUAGGGAAGGCCCCAAAACAGCAUACGUGCCAGCACAGGAUAAGAAUCCUCCCCUUAGAGGCUGUUUGGUUGCGUCAAAGA